AUGCGAUCUCUUAGCACCACCCGGAGUUACCCCAAAGCUAUCAAACCAUCCACAACUGAGAUACAAAACGGCCAGCUUGGCCCGGAAAAUCUUGAAGUGGCAAUCCGAAGUCUCUAUCAUGAUGGGCUGGUCGUUGUCAACGACGUAGUGCCCCACGACAUGCUCGAUCGAUUGAACGAGAAGAUGAUUCAAGAUGCACACACCCUUUUUGCACGCAAAGAGAACAGUCCAUUUAACUACAACCCAAACAAUAUCCAACAAGACGCCCCUCCAAUGCGAGAAUACUUUGAGCCCCAGAUUUUCAUGAAUUCGAUCGCAACCCAAAUCACAUCAACCGCCCUGGGUCCCCGACCAAAAUGGACUUUCUGUUCCGGAAACACGGCCAUGCCUCCUACCCCAGAAUGCCCACCCGCUUCACAACCUGUACACUCCGAUGCGGACUUCCAACACCCUGAUCACCCAUUCGCUCUGGUAAUCAAUAUCCCGCUGAUCACCAUGACGCCCGAGAACGGCUCAACGGAAAUAUGGCUUGGAACGCACCGCGAUACAGGUCUCCACGUCCAAGAGGGUCUCCAGGGCGAGCGCGCAAGUGGACGUAUCAAGGUAGAGGAGUUGGAAAAGCAACGUGCUAUCCGACCACCCUGUCAGCCCAUGGUUCCGAAAGGCUCGAUUGUUCUCCGAGAUUUGCGACUUUGGCACGCUGGUAUUGGAAAUCGGACAGACGCCGUGCGCGUGAUGCUAGCAAUGAUUCAUUUCGCGCCGUGGUAUCGGAAUCCAAUGAAGUUGCAAUUCUGCAACGACUUAAAGCCACUGGUGGAAAAUCAACAGAACCUCGAAGUUCCAGUGGAAUGGGAAUCAAAGGAGAAUGUCACCCAGCAGUAUCUGAACAGGGCCUUUGGGAACGCAUAUGACUUUAGCCAAGGUCGCUAA